AUGGAAGAAGAGAGUGUCUUUGAGAAUGAUCUUGAGUAUAAAACACACCCAAUUUGUAAAUGUUUCCUUGAACCUUCUUCUCCAUCUGAACAGGAACAAAUUUCAGUUCGGAAGGAAAAUAUACUAAAUACUGUCGCAAGAACGGAAAAAUACCUUAGGGACCGUCGCAUUCCUGAACUAAUACGAUUUUUACUCACAAAACUUAUAUCUCAUGCCCCAAACAAGCCUGUGGCAUUUCUGGAAAAGUUAAUCGAUGAUUGUAUGCUAUUUAGAGCCGGUCAUGGACCACCUCCAGUUUUGUAUGAAAACAGACACUUACAAGCUGUUAUUAAAAGUUUCGAUCCAUGUCAGCGUGGAUGGUUAAGUGCAGGCCAGGUAAGAAGGCUUUAUACCACUUUGGGACUACCUUUAGAAGAAGUUUUGGAAGACAAAAUGUCUUGCGAUGUAGUAUUGAAAAAACUUAUUUCAUGUCAAGAAGAUGAUUUGUACAAUCUCCUGUCAGCCGGAACGGUGUCGGAUAUAAAUAGUGAUUUUAUUAUAAAGACUGGUGAGGCAUCAAAUUAA